CCCCCUGUCCCGCGUGCCUCACUGCGGCCGUUCCCAAACGUACGUGACGUCGUUUCCUCUCUCCAACAUGGCGCAGAAGGCAGGUCGUUAGGAACAGUCUGAGGGAUUUACCCCACCUUCUGGGUUUAUUUAUGUUUGUCAGUUAGGGGCCCUAGCGGCUAACAUUCGUCAAAAGGGAUACAUCUCCAUUCGAGGCAGCUGAAGACCCCACACUGGGACCAGGCUGAACUCGCCAGAUAGAUUCCGGUGCGACAUGUAUGAGGGCAAAAAAACGAAAAACAUGUUCCUCACACGAGCUUUGGAAAAGAUCCUGGCCGACAAGGAGGUGAAAAAGGCUCACCAUUCACAGCUGCGCAAAGCCUGCGAGGUGGCAUUAGAGGAAAUCAAGCAGGAAUCAGAAAAACUAAGUCCACCAAGCGGAGAUGGAAAAUCCGGCUCCAGCACUUUACCGCCCAUCAAAUCAAAGACCAACUUCAUUGAAGCGGACAAGUACUUCUUGCCGUUUGAGCUGGCAUGUCAGUCCAAAUGUCCCCGCAUCGUCAUCACCUCCCUCGACUGUUUACAGAAGCUGAUUGCAUAUGGCCACCUGACAGGCAGCGCUCCGGACAACACGGCUCCAGGCAAGAAGCUCAUCGACAGAAUCAUUGAGACCAUCUGCGCCUGUUUCCAAGGACCACAGACUGAUGAAGGCGUGCAGCUACAGAUUAUUAAGGCACUGUUGACGGCCGUGACCUCUCAGCACAUAGAAAUCCACGAGGGCACGGUGCUGCAAGCCGUCCGCACUUGUUACAACAUCUACCUGGCCAGCAAGAACCUCAUCAACCAGACCACAGCCAAGGCAACCCUGACCCAGAUGCUCAACGUCAUCUUUGCCCGCAUGGAGAAUCAAGCACUUACAAAUCACAAGCUAUCUUGGUCUCUGGCCUCCAGAAAGCGUGACCGCCAGCUUCAAGAAGCCAAACAGCUGGAAAGAGAGCGGCACCGGCAGCACUCCCCGAACACCCCGCAAACCGAGCCCGACUCCCCCCAGCUCCAGACGCACGCUCACCCGCCGGCUAAGGCCCUGACCCAGGAGGCAAACGGGCCCAUCAGCCCUCCAACCCCCAGCAUCAACAUCCCAUCCACUCCUUCCACGCCGGCUCCGGAGUCUGACAGACGGAAGGGGCCAGAGGAGCAGGGACCUGUCUGCGAGAACCCAGAUCCAGAAAACGGUUCUGAAUUCUGCGCGACUGAAAACGAACAGACUGAAGCCGACCAGGCCACGGCAGCAGCACAGAGUGCUGCAGCCCAGCAGACUGAAGGAGCAGAAGAGGCAGAGGCGAUGCCAAACUACGAGGAGAAAGCCCAGGAAAUAGUCCAGAGCAUUCUACAGGAGGUAGUCAACACUGUUGCUGGAGGGCACUGCCUGGACCCUGCAAACCUCUGCUCCGACACCAAGAAGUCCGGCAGCGAGGGCGAGGCCGCAGAGGCGACAGAGGCGGGGCCAGAGGGCACCCAGAGCUCCCUGGAUGACGAGGUCACACUGGGGAGCGACAGCGAACACGUCCACGCCAACGGGAUCCCCGGCACGCCCAUCUCCGCCAGCUUCACCCCGUCGCUGCCUGACGACAGGCUGUCCGUCUCAUCCACUGACACUCAGGAAUCAGGGGCGGCACCGGGUCAGCCAGCGGGGGCCAAAUUCUCCCACAUCCUUCAGAAAGAUGCUUUUCUAGUGUUCCGCUCGCUCUGCAAGCUGUCGAUGAAGCCGCUGUCAGAUGGACCACCUGAUCCCAAGUCCCAUGAGCUUCGGUCGAAGGUCUUGUCCCUCCAGCUGCUGCUGUCCAUCCUGCAGAACGCCGGGCCCAUCUUUAAAACCAAUGAGAUGUUCAUCAACGCCAUCAAGCAGUACCUGUGCGUGGCGCUCUCCAAGAACGGCGUCUCCUCCGUGCCUGAAGUCUUUGAGCUCUCGCUCUCCAUUUUCCUCACCCUUCUGUCCCACUUCAAGACCCACCUCAAGAUGCAAAUCGAGGUGUUCUUCAAAGAGAUUUUCCUCUACAUCCUUGAGACGUCCACUAGCUCCUAUGACCACAAGUGGAUGGUCAUCCAAACCCUCACUAGAAUAUGUGCAGAUGCUCAGAGUGUUGUGGACAUCUACGUGAACUAUGAUUGUGACUUAAACGCUGCUAACAUCUUUGAACGUCUGGUCAACGACCUUUCAAAAAUAGCUCAGGGCCGUGGAGGACACGAACUCGGCAUAACACCUCAGCAGGAGCUGACACUGAGAAAGAAGGGCCUUGAAUGUUUGGUGUCCAUCCUGAAAUGUAUGGUGGAGUGGAGUAAAGACCAAUACGUCAAUCCCAAUUCCCAAACCAGCCUCGGCCAGGAGAAACCAUCGGAGCAGGAAAGCACAGAAACGAAGGCUCCAGAGACCAUUAACCGCUACGGGAGCAUCAACUCCCUGGACUCGACCGCCUCAUCCGGAAUAGGAAGCUACAGCACCCAGAUGUCAGGAACAGAUAACCCUGAGCAGUUCGAAGUCCUCAAACAGCAGAAAGAGAUCAUCGAGCAAGGCAUUGACCUCUUCAACAAGAAGCCAAAGAGAGGAAUUCAGUAUCUUCAAGAUCAAGGCAUGCUGGGUACAACCCCCGAGGACCUGGCUCAGUUUUUGCAUCAAGAAGAAAGACUUGAUUCGACUCAAGUGGGAGAAUUUCUGGGCGAUAAUGACCGCUUCAAUAAAGAGGUGAUGUACGCCUACGUGGAUCAAAUGGACUUCCAGGGCAAAGACUUUGUUUCUGCUCUGAGGCUAUUUCUGGAGGGCUUUCGUCUCCCUGGUGAGGCCCAGAAGAUCGAUCGGCUCAUGGAGAAGUUUGCAGCACGAUAUCUGGAGUGCAACCAGGGGCAAACUCUCUUUGCCAGUGCAGACACUGCGUACGUCCUCGCUUACUCAAUCAUUAUGUUGACAACAGACCUUCACAGUCCACAGGUGAAGAAUAAAAUGACAAAAGAGCAAUACAUCAAAAUGAACCGGGGCAUCAAUGACAGCAAAGACCUGCCAGAGGAAUAUCUGUCAGCCAUAUACGAUGAGAUUGCGGGGAAGAAGAUAGCGAUGAAGGAGACAAAAGAGCUCACCAUGAAGUCUAACAAGCAAAGUGUAGCUAGCGAGAAGCAGAGGCGCCUUCUCUACAAUGUAGAGAUGGAGCAGAUGGCCAAGACGGCUAAGGCUCUGAUGGAGGCGGUCAGCCACGUCCAGGCGCCCUUCACCAGUGCCACGCAUCUGGAGCACGUCCGGCCCAUGUUCAAGCUCGCAUGGACGCCCUUCCUGGCUGCUUUUAGCGUGGGUCUUCAGGACUGUGACGACACUGAAGUGGCCUCGCUGUGUCUAGAAGGAAUCCGCUGUGCCAUCCGGAUAGCCUGCAUCUUCUCCAUACAGUUGGAGAGAGACGCGUAUGUUCAGGCUCUGGCGAGGUUCACUCUGCUCACUGCCAGCUCUGGCAUUGCUGAAAUGAAGCAGAAGAACAUCGACACCAUCAAGACCCUCAUCACUGUGGCUCACACUGAUGGCAACUACCUGGGCAACUCCUGGCAUGAGAUCCUGAAGUGCAUCAGUCAGUUGGAGCUGGCUCAGCUGAUUGGUACCGGGGUGAAGGCCCGCUACAUCUCAGGGACAGUGCGGGGCAAAGACGGCUUCCUUUCGAGCAUAAAGGAGCAGAGCAGCGACGAGUACCUGGGUCUAGUUGGAGGAACGGUGGACCGGAAACAGAUCGCGAGCAUUCAGGAGUCCAUUGGGGAGACCAGCUCUCAGAGCGUGGUGGUAGCUGUGGACAGGAUAUUCACAGGUUCUACCAGACUGGAUGGAAAUGCAAUAGUGGAUUUUGUGCGCUGGCUGUGUGCCGUGUCCAUGGAUGAGCUGGCCUCGCCCACACACCCACGCAUGUUCAGCCUGCAGAAAAUAGUUGAGAUCUCCUACUACAACAUGGGGCGCAUCAGGCUGCAGUGGUCCAGGAUCUGGGAGGUCAUUGGAGACCACUUUAACAAGGUUGGCUGUAAUCCCAACGAAGAUGUAGCCAUUUUUGCCGUGGAUUCCCUCAGACAGCUGUCGAUGAAGUUCCUGGAGAAGGGGGAGCUGGCCAACUUCAGAUUCCAGAAGGACUUUCUGAGGCCGUUUGAGCAUAUCAUGAAGAAGAACAGGUCUCCCACCAUCAGAGACAUGGUGGUGCGCUGCAUAGCACAGAUGGUUAACUCGCAGGCGGCCAACAUCCGCUCCGGAUGGAAGAACAUCUUUUCCGUCUUCCACCUGGCUGCCUCUGACCAGGACGAGAGCAUCGUGGAGCUGGCCUUCCAAACUACAGGCCACAUCGUCACGAAUGUAUUCGAAAAGCACUUUGCAGCCACAAUCGACUCCUUCCAGGACGCCGUCAAGUGUCUGUCGGAGUUCGCCUGCAAUGCCUCUUUCCCAGACACCAGCAUGGAGGCCAUCCGCCUCAUCCGUCACUGCGCCAAAUACGUCUCCGAGAGGCCGCAGGCCUUUAAGGAUUACACCAGUGACGACAUGAAUGUAGCGCCAGAGGACCGUGUGUGGGUGCGUGGGUGGUUCCCAAUACUCUUUGAGCUCUCCUGCAUCAUCAACAGGUGUAAACUGGAUGUCAGGACCAGGGGGCUCACAGUGAUGUUUGAGGUGAUGAAGACCUAUGGACACACAUUUGAAAAGCACUGGUGGCAAGAUCUUUUCCGGAUCGUCUUCAGGAUCUUCGACAACAUGAAGCUGCCCGAGCAGCAGACUGAGAAAGCCGAGUGGAUGACCACAACAUGCAAUCAUGCACUUUAUGCCAUCUGUGACGUCUUCACUCAGUACUUUGAGUCCCUCAACAACAUCCUCUUGGAUGACAUCCUGGCUCAGCUCUAUUGGUGUGUGCAGCAAGACAAUGAGCAACUUGCCCGUUCUGGCACCAACUGUUUGGAGAAUGUGGUGAUUCUGAACGGAGAGAAGUUCUCUCUAGAGACCUGGGACAAGACGUGCAACUGCAUGCUGGAUAUCUUCAAGACCACAAUUCCACAUAUGCUGUUGACAUGGCGACCAGCCGGAGCAGAAGGAGAACACUAUGCGACACACAGCCUGUCUGACAGACAACUGGACUCCGUUUCCCAGAAGUCUGUAGACAUCCAGUCCCGCCCUGACGACCAGCACUCCAUCAGCAGCGCAGACAGGAUUAGCACAGAGAACCGUCGUCAGAGUCAGCACGCCACGCCGCCAACCAAGAUCCAGGAGCAGCGUUUGUUCUCAGCUUUGCUGAUUAAAUGUGUGGUGCAGUUGGAGCUGAUCCAGACCAUCGAUAACAUUGUGUUCUUCCCGGCAACCAGUAAGAAGGAAGAUGCUGAGAACUUUGCAGCUGCUCAGCGGGAUGCGGUUUGUGAAGCAGACGUGUCGGCGGAGAUGCAGGAUCAGGGCAUGUAUCGAUACCUGACCUCAGAGCAGCUCUUCAAGCUGCUGGACUGCCUGCUGGAGUCUCACCGCUUUGCUAAAGCCUUCAACUCCAACAACGAGCAGCGAACCCUGCUGUGGAAAGCAGGUUUCAAGGGGAAGUCCAAGCCGAACCUGCUGAAGCAGGAGACCAGCAGUUUGGCAUGCGGCAUGCGCAUCCUGUUUCGCAUGUACACAGACGAGAGCCGGCAGGACGCCUGGGAGGAGGUCCAGAGGCGACUGCUCAAUGUGUGCAGCGAGGCUCUGGCCUACUUCUUGGCUCUGACUUCAGAAAGUCACAGAGAAGCCUGGACCAACCUGCUGCUCCUCUUCCUCACCAAGGUGCUAAAGAUCAGUGAUGAGAGGUUCAAGGCUCAUGCAUCCAGAUACUACCCCCUCCUGUGUGAGAUCAUGCAGUUCGACCUGAUCCCCGAGCUGCGCACCGUCCUUAGGAAGUUUUACCUGCGGAUUGGCGUUGCUUUUCACAUCGCACAGCUCCCUGAGCCCGAACCCCAGCCUUCACGGGAGCCAGAGACUGACACGGAGGUGGGGGAGGAGGCUGGGGAGGAGGCCCAGUGAUGCUGCACUACAAACGACCUGGAAAAAAAAAAAGAAUUCCUGCUGUGGCCUCCGCAGGGGGCCGUCUGCGUUUUCCCGUCAAAGACUUGAGUCAAAGAUUGAAAUCUUGAUCAGUUGUGUGUUAACACCCACCUGCCUCCUUAACCCACUUAUUAAACACAAACACAGACUCCUCCCUCCACCUCCUCCUACCAACGAGACCUGGCAUCACAAAAGUGGUGACGCUUUCUGCUGAAUUAAACCUACUGAUCCCCAUCUGACAAAACUCAUAUCUGCGAUGUGAUCAGAAGCAAAUAUUCCCCCAACUCGUGCUUUUUACUGUAUAUGUGAAACGUGAAAAAAUGAAUGAUUCCAGCAACAAUGAAACGGAACAUUUCUGGCACUUGGAUAGCAAUGAUCUGCAUACGAUGGAACAUUAGUACUAAGAGCCUCUUGGAUGAAACUCGCUGUACGGAUCUGUGGCUAUGUAAUAUAAUCUCACAACACUAGAUUUCAUUUAUUUUGGUUUGGUUUUCUCUUAGUUUUGAUCUCGUUUUCUGAAUGCACUGGAGAUUUUACUUUAUGAUAAUUUAUUUGACUGCAAAACCUCCUGCAGCGGUUUCCUACGCAGUACGAUUUGUAAUUAAACUAGAAAGUGAAGGGUUAAAUUAUUCCAAUUUUUUUUUUUAUGUUAGGUUUUUAACUGCUCGACGUUAACUGGGCUUCUUGAACUGGAAGAUAAAAACAGUAAACUGAUGCUAGCUGCUUUUGAGUCACUUUCUUUUUUUUCAUUUUAGUUUUCACUCUUGUGUACAAAAUCAAAAGUUAAUAAUAUAUUUAACUUUUUUUUUUUCCUUUGUUCACAGGGAAGAUGAAAUGUAUAGAGAAAAUGACAAAUGUUUGCUGUGCUUUCAGUACGAAUGGGAUGCAUUCCUGCUCACGGAUGUAGAAAACAAAAUGUAUAUGUAAAAGCAAUGUAAAGUUUUCUAUGUUGCGACAGAUUAUGUACAACUUUCUGUACAAUACUUCAUCUGGCAUUCUAAUCAGGUUCUAGGUCAAUAAACUUUUUGAACUUGGUUGAUUUGAAA